AUGUUUGAGGUGAUAACAUCGGAGGCCUCCUACUACCGAAGUCUCCAAGUCCUAAUAGAUCACUUCUACAGUGCUCCUGAAUUCGACUGUUCCCGCUCCGCCCCAACUAGUAUGGAGGUGCCCAGCAGUGGUGCCGAAAACGAGCACGAUAAUGCACCAUCUCAAGGUAGUGAGGGAAGAGCACCUGGUCAAGCCAAUGCAUCGGGUGGAUACAGCAGAGCAGGGUCGCUUUCGGCACCUACAGAAACCGCCUCCGCUACUUCUGCUGCUGCUACUACUACUGCUGCUCCCGUGGUCAAGUCGGUUCUCAGUCCGACGGAGAAACAUCACCUCUUCUCCAAUGUUCUUCUCAUUUGUAUGGCUAGUGAAAGAUUUCUCAAAGAUCUGGAGGCAAGGUGGUCCUCACAAAAGCCGCUGCUAAGCGAGGUCUCCGAUUUAAUAGUCAAGCACGCAGGGAGCGUACAGUUUGAGCCCUAUCUUACGUACCUUCGCAACCAAACCUACCAAGUUGCUGCCUAUCGACGACUUAAUCGUCGUGAGGACUUCCAAAAGGCCAUCGCCAGAAUGCACGCACAUCCAGCCGUUGGAAAGAAUCGAUUGGACUCCUUCCUCGCCCUGCCGAUGCAGAGGCUAACACGCCUGAAGUUGCUCGUCGAGGUGAUCCAAAAACUCCAAAUGGCAGUGGUCAAUGACGCCGAGGAGAGAGUAGUCACCGGUUCCACGGAGACAAUGACGCCGGGAGAGUGUGAAGUCUUCCGCAGAAUGAAAAUUACACCACAGCAAUUGGAGAAUUCCAGUAUUGCCCUAAAAGAACUCAAACGGCUUCUGUCGGAAAGCGAGUCCGAGAAACAACUCAUGGACGAAAAGGCACGACUACUGGCACUCUCCUCGGCCCUGGAGUUCCCAGAAAAUGUCAAGAGAAUUGCUAUCAGUGACAAGCGUCUAAUCAAGGAGGGCGAACUGAAAUCGGCCAGUUCAGACGGCAAAGCCUCGGUUCUGCUCAAGAAACUGGGGCGAAAGAAACCCGAGACAUUCUAUCUCAUUCUCUUCAACGACCUCCUCAUGGUGACGAAAUUGAAAAAGUGA